CGACCGACGCAAUCCGCGGCAUUUGCCUCGACCUUACAUUCCGCCGACCCCGACCGCCGCUCCUCCACCACUACCACUACCUCUAACAACUAUCGUUUCCCUCACCCUCCUCCCUCGUCCUCUCAACUCUCAGACGAUCUCUCCUUCGAUUCUCCCAUCUCGCCUGCCGAUUCCUCUCAGGCUCAGGACGGUUUACUUCACGACUCCCUGUUUCCCGAGUGGAAGUCCCCCCGAGAGAGUAACGACUGUCCGGAUGAGAUGCAAAGGAAUGACCCUUUAGCGACUCAGAUAUGGAAGCUCUAUUCUAGGACAAAAGCCCAGCUCCCCAACCAGGAGCGUAUGGAGAACUUGACCUGGCGCAUGAUGGCAAUGAGUCUGAGACGCAAGGAACGGGAACGCGUUGAGCAGUCUAGCCUGUCGACGAGACACAGCAUUUCGGGUCCGAGUGGGAUCGCCCAGCUACGUCUGGCCGACCGGACGCCAGUCGCCUCGCACCAACCCUCCACCACCGACCUGGCCUCGGAUCCCAUGAAUCUCGACGAUUUCAUUGUUCCCUUCGAAUCGCCUUCCGACCACCCCUCUCCUGUAAUAACCAAGGGCGAGACCAACUCGGCCGCUAUUCCCAUCAAAUCCACCCGAAAGGAACAUCUAGUGGAGCCAGCCCCCGUGCCCGCCUCGUUUACCCACCCUCCUCAAGACCAGCGGAAGAACAGCGAAUUUGGCUACGUGCCUCGUCGGGUCCGCAAGACUAGUAUUGACGAGCGCCAGUUUUUCGGUCUCCAGGUUCCUACCCGCAAGCGACCAGCCGAAGCGUCCCCGCAAGUGCCACCCCUGUCGAGCGCGAUGUUGGCCCACCAUGACCCCGACCUGGCGGGUGCUGUGCCCGACUACACACUGGAUGCGUCGUCGGCGUUUGGAUUGCACCACGGCAACCACCAGCCCGCUCACCCCUCCAACCACACUUCUCCCAAUGUGCCGUUUGGCUUGGAUACGUUCAACCUUGGCGACGACCCGAUCCUGACCUCGGCGGGUCCCUACCAGACCAAUUUCACGUUUUCCCCCAGCGAUUCGCCCAUGACGUCAGGAAACCCGUUUGCUAAUUUGUAUGCUCACACACCUGUCGCAUCGUCCCUGAACUCGACCGAUUUUUUCUCCCCUCCGCCUUCGGGCUACCAGUCGACGGCCUCGACGCCGCAGCCGGCCUAUGAUGGCGAGCAUAACCUGUAUUUUGACAUGCCGUCGAUUGAUGCGCGUACGCAGCGGCGGGUUCCCAACUACGUCACGCAUCGCUCGUCGAACCUGUCGGCAUCUUUGCAGCCACGUUACAUGUACAACCAGAAUCAGGACCAGUCCCACCACGCCAGCAACCCUCCCUCCUCGAUGCACUCUCCUGGCUACCCUAUUCCCCAGCCGCAGCACGUGGAUCCGACCCAGGUUUUGGGCGACUUUGGCACGGGCGCUUCCCACGCAGCCAUGUUCAGCUUUGGGGCUGAUUCGGACAACGAGGAUGACGAUGUGAACCAAUUUUCCGACCGUGCCGGGUUGGCCAUGCCCAACGAUCUGGCUGAUGAGGCUGCGGACCUCAAUGCUGGGAUGCAGUGGGAUGCUCAAUUUCCGGGCUCAUUCCACUCGCUGUCCGGUUUUGCGGCUCAGCAUCGCAAGCAUGUGACUAUCGGGUCGGCUGACAUGAUGGAUACCCCGAGUGAGUGGAACCAAGGCGGCAGUCUGGGCCGGACGCACGGGUCGGCCGCCUCGGUCAGCGAGGUUCGCAAUCGGGAGCAGGACCCCCGCCGGCAGAAGAUUGCACGCACGACCUCCACCCCGAACACUUCUCAGCUGCUACGUCAGAGCAUGAACGCCAAUAAUACCUCUCACACGUCCCCCAACACCCCACCCGAGUCUGGUCUGAGCAGUGCCGUCCCGUCCCGUCCGGCCAGCCCCGGAGGCUCCAAGAACGGCGAGAGCAGCGGGCCGACCACCUGCACGAACUGUUUCACUCAAACGACUCCUCUGUGGCGUCGCAACCCGGAAGGGCAGCCUCUGUGUAACGCCUGUGGCUUGUUCCUGAAGUUGCAUGGUGUGGUGCGGCCCCUGUCACUCAAGACGGACGUGAUCAAGAAGCGCAACCGCAGCAGUGCCAAUAGUCUGGCGGUCGGUGCGUCGCGGUCGUCGAAGAAGUCGGCGCGCAAGAACUCGGUGCAACAGGCGAGUGUGACCACGCCCACCUCGAGCCGGGCUCAGAGUGGUACGACCUCGUCGGAGUCCCCGCCUGCAAUGCCCGGGGGUCCGCCGCCCUCCAGCCGUACUGCGGGAGUGGUGCCUAUUGCGGCUGCGCCUCCGAAGUCCACUCCGACAACGUCCUCCCCUGGCCAGGCUCGCACUUCGGUUCAAGUGGCGCCUAAGCGUCAGCGUCGGCUGGAAAAGGCCACGGACGUGGACGCCAUGGAUGAUUCCAACAAAUCGAGUCUCUCCUCGGCGGGUCGUUCGAAGGUGGUGCCAUUGGCACCGGCCAUGCCCCCUGCUGCCGCUAACCCUGUAAACCAUAGUAUAGCUGGUGGACAGGGAGCGAGUCAAGAGUGGGAAUGGUUGACGAUGAGUCUGUGA